AUGAGGGACAAACCUCUGUCGAUAUGCAUCCAUAAGCUAAAGGGUAAUUUUCCCCUCUUACUUGUAGUCAAACUACAGCUUCAAGCGGAAGAGAGAGGGGUCGUGUCUAUCAAAGGAGUGUGUGCAAACCGUUACCUGGCCAUGAAGGAGGAUGGGCGACUGCUGGCUUCUAAAUGUGUUACAGAUGAGUGUUUCUUUUUUGAACGACUGGAAUCUAAUAACUACAAUACUUACCGGUCCAGAAAGUACUCCAGCUGGUAUGUGGCACUGAAACGAACUGGGCAGUAUAAACUUGGAUCCAAAACAGGACCUGGGCAGAAAGCUAUACUUUUUCUUCCAAUGUCUGCUAAAAGCUGAUUUUAAUGGCACUGCAUCUAAUCUCAU